AAAAAUGCGUGCGAAAAUGAGAAUAUUAUUCUCGACUGCCAAAAUGUAACUGGGUAUGAAGAUGACUAAGAAACAAGAAGUUGUCAAGAAGUCCAUUUGACAAUUAUUCAACAUUCUACGACGAAAUGAGGAACACCGUUCCGUAUCACCGUUUGAGAAAGGUCGCAAAAGAGAGACCUCUACUGUCGGUGUUUCUGGGAUCUUUCCUGACUGCAAGUGCAAUACCAUUGAUUGUUUUCCUCACGGUCGUCAUGGGCUCAUUAACGAUUGGUGUCCUCGCGUUCACUGCAUUCCAAAGUGGUGUAAUUGUUAUCGCUUGUGUUGUACUUUGUGUGUGCCUUGCUCUGCCACUUUUUAUGUCUGGUGUAUUUGCACUUCUGACUUACUGCGGUCUUGCUGUAGUCAAUGUAGUUGGAGGUCCCUUAAAAGAAUCCAAUAUAAGUAAAAGAUGGCCACAUCCCAUGGAAAUGUUGACCUACUUGACGGCAAGAGUACGCGCCAUUGCCAGCGCAAACCCAUUUCGUUACCUUACGGCAGGAGGCUUAACGUCAAAUACCAAUGGUGUUAGAUCAAACCAACAGAGAGAUCCCGCAAGUCUAGUUCAACUGAUGCAAAUUAUUGAUAGUGAUGAUGAUGCGCUUCCAGUCUUACUACGACCACGACAGGAUCCACUGGCCUCCUUGAUGAACAGGCGUGCACCAAGCUUUGAUUUCCUAGCCGCCCCUUCACGUCAUACAUACGAGGCUCAUUCUUUCCGCGUGAUUCAAAUCCAGGAUAAUAGAGGAAGUGGUGUUAUGACUGACAAAGAAGACACCCUUGAAGAUUGAAAAAGACCUUACCGUAAAUCAUUGUAUAAGAUUCAAUAUGAUAAUAAAGGAUCUGCUUAUGACACCUUUA